AUGAAGUUCUCUACAGCUUCUAUCAGCGUUAUUAUAUCCGCAGUUGUUGCAGACGCAGCUUAUACAGUUCUCCAGGAGAGCUACACUCCGGCCAAUUUUUUCUCCAAGUUUGACUUUUACACUGGCGCCGAUCCUACAAAUGGCUUUGUCAAAUAUAUCGACCAGGCCAGCGCCCAGUCCCAAGGUAUUAUCAAAACGAACACCGACAAUGUCUAUGUUGGUGUCGAUUAUACAAAUAGCGCACCAAAUGGACGGAAUAGUGUAAGACUAGAAAGCAAGGCCAGGUUCCAGCGUGGUCUUAUUGUUUUGGAUCUUGCACACAUGCCUGGUAGUAUCUGUGGAACAUGGCCAGCAUUCUGGACCCUUGGUGAUAACUGGCCGAACAAUGGGGAGAUUGACAUCAUCGAAGGUGUAAAUUUAAACACCCAAAAUGCAAUGGCACUUCAUACCAGCGAUGGCUGUUCUAUCAACGGAAGCGGGCAGUCUGGAACUUUGAUUUCAAAUAAUUGUUACGUCUACGCCGCGAACCAGUCUACCAACCAAGGCUGUGGUAUUCAGGAUACUCGUACCUCAUCUUAUGGAACUGGAUUCAACAAUAUUGGUGGUGGUGUUUACGCUACUGAAUGGAACUCGGAUUUUAUUAAGAUUUGGUUUUUUCCACGCAAUGCCAUCCCGGCCAACGUUUUGAGUACAACUCCAGAACCCACCGGUUGGGGAACACCUGUUGCCGUCUUUCAAGGUUCAUGCGAUAUUAAUUCCAAGUUCAUUUCCCACAAGAUUAUUUUUGACAUAACCUUCUGUGGAGAUUGGGCUGGCAAUGUUUGGGGUAGCUCAGGAUGUCCCACAUCAAUGACAUGCAACGAUUAUGUCGCUAACACUCCGGCUGCCUUUACUCAAACAUAUUGGCAAAUAAACAGUUUGAAGGUUUAUAGCUCCUAG